CUCUUCAGCUUGUCAGAAACACUGCCUGCUCCCAGCAGCUUAUGCUUUCUAGUGAGGCUGUUUUUAACGAACAUUAUUCUUGCCUGAACAACAACCCAAGUGGAACAACAUUUUUGUUACCACACUUUUAAAGGAAAUUACCGACCCAAAUUGUGGCCAGUGUGGAAAAUUACUAUGACUAAAGCCAACUCUUCUGUGAUCCUAUAAAGAGCAGUCCUAAGUGAGACCCUUUGAGCCCAGCUGGACCUCAGCAGGCUGUGACCAGCACUGCCCCCUGAGUGGGGUCUCUCAGAGCCAGCCAGCUCUCACGUUUGCCAUACUUGGGGGACCACCACCGAUCGCCAACCAUGGAGCCUGCGCUACCCCCUCUCCUCAAGACUCAACCCUUUGCCCAUUGAGAAGAUGCAAAGGCAUCUGAUACCAAAGGUCACAUCUAUUGUUUCUGACAAUGGAGCUAUUGUUGGAGGCCCAUGUUCUUGCUGCUGCUUGAAGCUCCUAACAGUAUUGUGAUUGCAAAGGGCAAGGCAGCCAACUUCUUUGUAAAAUUCUGUUGAACUGCUGCUACCCGAGGAGCAGAGGCGUCACCGCCAGUCUCACUCCUCACGCUGAUCUGCGGAGCCCUGCGCCGAGGUUGUUCAGCAAGGAGAAACUUCGCAGCCUUUCGAAAUACGAAACUGAUUCCCAUGGAAACAUCCUCAUCCUCUGAUGACAGUUGUGACAGUUUUGGUUCUGAUAAUUUUGCAAACACAAAAUGCAAAUUUAGGUCGGAUAUUAAUCAAGAACUGGCAAAAAUUUUUCAUGAAGCCUCUGAUGAUGAAUCUUUCUGUGGCUUUUCAGAAAAUGAGGUUCAAGAUGCAUUGAAAUUGGAAUCGGAUUCAGAUGAGAAUGAUACAAGUGCUGAAAGUGAGGUAGAUCAGAGACGGCAGAAAUGCCCUGUUCCUCUGAAAGUAGCCAUGAAGUUUCCACCUCGAAGAUCAGAGAGAAGGAAGGGUGGGAUGGAACCUGUCCCUGAAACACCAAUGCCUGCUCCAGAUUCAGAUUCUGACACUGAAGAAAAUGGUGCUAUGUUUUUAGAAAAAAGGGCUUUAAACAUAAAGGAAAACAAAGCAAUGCUUGCAAAACUAAUGGCUGAGUUGCAAAAUGUUUCUGGUAUCUUUGGUGGGAGAAAAUCGUUGCCAGCUGUCAGUCAUCAGGGACCAAAGCGACUUCCAAGGCGUUCAUUGCCUAGUUCCUUGAGGAGGAACCCAGACCGGAGUUCUCGGCCUCACACAAGGUCCAGGUCCUUGAUUGAAGGUCCUCCUACUCUUGUACCAGAAGAGGAAGAAGAUGACCGGUACAUCUUGGUGAGAAGAAGAAAGAUGUCUGAUGAAUAUCUGGAGCAUGAAGCUCGUACUCCCAGGAGGGGUCACCGUGGUGCCGUGGCUUUUCCACAUGUUGUGCGCCCGGUUGAGGACAUAACCACAGAAGAGCUGGAUAACAUUUGUGGAUCUGCAAGAGACAAAGUAUAUAACAGGGCCAUGGGAUCCACCUGUCAUCAGUGUCGCCAAAAAACCAUAGACACCAAGACAAAUUGUCGUAACCCCGACUGUGUAGGAGUGCGGGGCCAGUUCUGUGGGCCGUGCCUCCGCAACAGAUACGGGGAGGAUGUCAGAACAGCUCUGCUGGACCCGACAUGGAGGUGCCCCCCAUGUCGUGGAAUCUGCAACUGUAGCUUCUGCAGACAACGAGAUGGUCGAUGUGCCACAGGUGUCCUGGUCUAUCUGGCCAAGUACCACGGCUUUGACAAUGUCCAUGCCUACUUAAAAAGUCUGAAACAAGAACUUGGAAUGGAAGACUGAAGCUGUGACUACCUUUAAAUUACAUACUCUUUCACCAACGUAAUAUCGCGUGCAGUGAAUUGUUUAAUCAAAUGAGAUUACAAAGUGCCUUUCCUGCUUCCCUUUCCUUUUGGGUAAAAAAGGAUAAAAACCUUUCAUUUAUUUCAGUAUAGAUCAUACUUGGGAAAUCCAUUUAAUGCAGGUCUUCACCCACAGGCCAUUGUUUCCUCUUUGGACAACUUUGCAAAUCAGAUAGCAUCAGUCCUUGUUUUCAUGAUAGCAAUUUCUUUUCUUCUGCAGUAACUUUUUCACCCUAAAAGGAGAUGGGGCUUUAAGCCAUUAGUUUCAUUCAUGUAGCAAUCCGUGCUGCAGGGUUUACUUAUGCUCCAAAAUUAGUUACAAAAAGAUAGAGAUGUUCUGAAAACUUCUGCAAUACAGACACUUCACAAUCAGAUGGAAUUGUGGAAUUCUCUGAAACAACAGCAUGUUCUUAAAUUAAGAAAGGAGGCCCUAUAAGUCGCAGCUGAACAGUCUCCAAGCACUAAUAUUUGGUUUUAUAGAGUACUAAAAGUUCACACUGGCCAUUUCAAGGGAGAUUCUCUGAAUUAAGAAAUGCAGUAGAUGCUGUUUGACGUGUCACUUUGUGUUUUGGCACAGAUGAGAGAAGGCCACUGCUGAAAGCUUCCCCAGCACUAGCAUUGCCUUCUGGUGACAGUGAUGUGAAUGUACUGGUACAGAUUGUGUGGUGACCACUGUCUAAAACAGAAUGUUCCAUGUGUUAAAUUACUGUUUUGUUGGACUCUCUUUUCCUGGUUCCUGCUGCAGCUGCAGAACUGCUUUGCAGAGUCAGCAGCGCUCCUGGGGAAAAGGGAUACCUCCAGAUCUGGGCUUGGUCAAGUGGAGGGGUGGCAGUUCAUGUGCCUGUUGGCCAUCUUUGAGUGGAUGAAAGGUGGUAACUUGUUUAGUUUGGCUAUCAGGAAAACAGGCAAUGAAUGUUUCUGUAGCUGGCUCUUGGUGAUUGUUGAAGGUUCUUUCACGUGACAUUUGUGAAAUGAAAGUAACAGCAGAAACGGAGCUGAAGAAUUCUGAUACGCUGAGCACAUAGGGGUCUCCUCAGUGCUGUAGAAAAGAAGGCGCCAUGAAAAUGGCCAUGAAGGCACCAUCCAGAGAACCAUAAAGGGUGUAUAUGUGCUUAGUUUUGUUAUGGAAACUACUGUGUAAGCUUUGUAUAAGGUUUAGAAGGUAAUGCUUUAAAUAAUGUACAGUUGAAUAGUAGAAGAAUCAACAUGGUUUUACACUUCUGUGCUUGCGCAGUAUUUGCACUGUGUGUAUACAAAAUGAUCCACGGUUCAUACUUUCUGGGAGUUGCAUCAGUGUGUGUGGGAGGGGAGGAGAGAGGAAUUUAGAAACAACAGAUAUUUAUGUCUCAGACUUGCAGUUCUGUUUCAUAAAUCAUCUCUCCCAUUGAAAAUCUCCUGUCCUCUCUUUGUCUGUUUUUGUAGUGAGAAUAGCUGUGCAAUCUGAGGUGUGGAGAGUGCUCUUCCCUCUAGGUACAUUUUGUGAAGAAGGAACUCCAUUUUAGAAAUACAUGUUCUGACAGAUAAAAGUGGUUGGUUUUUUUUUUUUCCCUCCUAAUUGCUUGGCUUACCUUCUGAUUGCUAGAGUGUGAAAGUACUGUGCUAAAAGCAGACCCUUAUGUUAUAUUACAGACCGCUGUAUUUAGAUUUACUCGGAUCUACACUGUUCUGUAUAAAUUUUUUUUAUUUUGAAAAUAAAAAAUUCAGUUCUAGAA